CGGGAGCCGGAUCGGGGGCCCGAGCCGGAGCGCAAACGUGCGCGGGGCCCGGAGCGGGGGACGCCGCGCUGCUGAGCUCGGCCGCCGCCGCCCGCGGGCCCCAGGCGGGGCGCAGCUGGGCAUCACGAGAUUUAAGGCGGUGGGACCUGUUGGCAGAAUGUCUUCUCUCCCUGCAAGCGACCCUGAGGCCACCAAGAUGAGCACCGCGGCCGGGCCUGUGAGUGCGCCCAGGUGUCAGUAGCUGGGAGCCGAGGGCCCAGCAGACGCAAUGGUGUACUAGGCCGAGCGCGCGCGCGCGGGCUCAGCUUUCGCACUCGGAUCUCACGGCAGAGUCACCGUGGAGAGGCCAGGGUACCACAAACUUAUGGAUUUUGACAAGAAAGGAGGGAAGGGGGAGUUGGAGGAGGGCCGGAAAAUGUCCAAGACGGGCACGAGCCGGAGCAACCACGGCGUCCGCAGCUCGGGGACCAGCUCGGGGGUCCUGAUGGUGGGCCCCAACUUCCGAGUCGGCAAGAAGAUAGGCUGUGGGAACUUUGGAGAGCUUCGCCUAGGAAAGAACCUGUACACAAACGAGUACGUGGCUAUCAAGCUGGAGCCCAUCAAGUCCCGGGCCCCGCAGCUGCACCUGGAGUACCGCUUCUACAAGCAGCUUAGCACGGCAGGUGAGCGGGCGCGGGGCGUGGGCGCCCCGGGAGGAGGGCGCGGGGCGUGGGGCAGGCAGGGGCUUCAGGUGUCCAGCACGCGUGUCUGCUCCGCAGAGGGCGUCCCUCAGGUCUACUACUUCGGCCCAUGCGGGAAGUAUAACGCCAUGGUGCUGGAGCUGCUGGGGCCCAGCCUGGAGGACCUGUUCGACCUGUGCGACCGCACCUUCACGCUGAAGACCGUGCUGAUGAUCGCCAUCCAGCUGAUCACGCGCAUGGAGUACGUGCAUACCAAGAGCCUCAUCUACCGCGAUGUGAAGCCCGAGAACUUCCUGGUGGGGCGGCCGGGCAGCAAACGGCAGCACGCCAUCCACAUCAUCGACUUCGGGCUGGCCAAGGAGUACAUCGACCCCGAGACCAAGAAGCACAUCCCGUACCGCGAGCACAAGAGCCUGACGGGCACGGCGCGCUACAUGAGCAUCAACACGCACCUGGGCAAGGAGCAGAGCCGCCGGGACGACCUGGAGGCGCUGGGACACAUGUUCAUGUACUUCCUGCGCGGCAGCCUGCCCUGGCAGGGGCUCAAGGCCGACACGCUGAAGGAGCGCUACCAGAAGAUCGGGGACACCAAGCGCGCCACGCCCAUUGAGGCGCUGUGCGAGAGCUUCCCGGAGGAGAUGGCCACCUACCUGCGCUACGUGCGGCGCCUGGACUUCUUCGAGAAGCCGGACUACGACUACCUGAGGAAGCUCUUCACCGACCUCUUCGACCGCAGCGGCUACGUGUUCGACUACGAGUACGACUGGGCCGGGAAGCCCCUGCCGACACCCAUCGGCACCGUCCACACUGACGUCCCCUCCCAGCCACCGCAUCGCGACAAAGCCCAGCCCCACAAGAACCAGGCGCUGAACUCCACCAAUGGAGAGCUGAACGCCGACGACCCCACCGCGGGCCACUCCAACGCCCCCAUCGCGGCCCCCGCCGAGGUCGAGGUGGCGGAUGAAACCAAGUGCUGCUGCUUCUUCAAGAGGAGGAAGAGAAAAUCGCUGCAGCGGCACAAGUGAGGCGGAGCGGCCGUCCCCCGGAGCCCCGGCCGCGUCCAGGAGGCCGCGGUGUCCCGGGCGCCAUGGGCUCCUUGGCCCGACGUGAGGCGGCGUCCUCGGGGACUCGGGGUCCCUUCCUUCACACAGGACUUUGGCGGAAAUGUCUGCGCCCCCGUGGCGUCCCCUUGGAGAGCACUAACUAUUUAACACCGGGAGAGAAGCGUCCCGCCGGCCCCCCGUUAGCUCAUAAAGUCCAGCUUGUCCCCUCGAUCCAAAGGCCGUUUUCUCGAGGGGGGCAGGCCCGGGGCGUGGGUGUCACGGGAGGCCACCGAAGGGGGGGUGCGUGCGCUGCCACGAUGCUGCACCAAAGCCGGGGGACGGGACGGUCACCGCACAGGGACUGGUCUGGGCCCCGCGGAGCCAGGCCCGCCGUGACCCGUGUCCCUUCGUGCUGGGCCCGCGGGACAGAAUCGCCUUAAUGCCCGGCCCGGGGCAGCAGAGAGGCGGUCCCCACGGGAGGGCCCGGCCGCGGUCGCGGGAGCCGAGUUCUUGCUUUACAACGUGUACAGAAAUGAACUUAUGUUUCUCCAGCGCUUCCUUGAAGCCAUAGAGUUUAGGGGCUUUUUUUAAAAAAAAAAUAAAAGAAAACGAAACCAUCGA